AUGUCUUCGUACUUCUCCGGUACAAGCACAGGCAGUAGCUCCUAUACACACUCGCUGAGUAACGACUCAGAUACGUGGUCUCGCCAGAGUGCAAUGUUUCCACGCCAGCCACAAAUAUAUGGGACUUCUGGCGAACCGCCGGUGAUUUAUCAGCCAAGUACAAAACCAUUUUCACCUCCGCCUAGGCUUGACUCUGGACCCAUAAACACGCAAAUUGCAAAUUCAAGGCCACCAAAACUUGUAUCGCCUGAGUUUGACUUCCAAAUUCCUCGCGGAUCUAUUCCGGCAUCUUCACAUUCGCCCGGGUCUAUCGGCCUUUCUCCAAGGGGGCCGUUGCCACACCCAACUCCGUUGUACCGAGAGCUGAACCACCCUGCUUGUCUUCCGGUUGAUUCUCUCAGGCGGGAUUACGACUUCGUAAAGCCACCGGAAAAUGCAGAGUACCUCAUCGAACGAAAAGGUCGCCGUACGACAGACAAGUACAAAGGAACUGUGCGACAUCACUCACAGAGACGCCCCUCAAACCGUGACGAGUUUGAUGGGCCCCAUCAGUUUCUAGAUCCGCCCUCACCACAUAUGGUCGCUGCACAAGGGAGGGAUUUACCCCAUCUUCCUACUAAUCUUGAUGUCUCAGAGCAAGACCGAAUACUAGCUUCGGUGAAUGACCGGCUGUCACAAUGUGCGUUUGAUUUCGUUGCAAAGUACCGAUUCCCUAUUCCGCUAGAGCCAGACAAGAGACAGGUGAGGGUCCCAUCGGACCGUGAAUGGACUGAGUGGGUGUACCUUCUUAGGAGGUUAGCGACGAAACGACGUAUACCUGCUAGAGUGCUCUACAAUGGUCAAAUAAAACAACUAGUCACGGUGUUGGAAAACUCUCUCGAAAUGAGACAUGCUGCCAAACAUCAAUCACGACCCAUCAAGGAUGACCGAAAUGUCCUCCAACUCAUUUCUGCCGGAACCCAAGUGGCUAAGAUCCUUAGGGAUGCCAAUGCCAUGGAGCACCUUGACCGUCUUUAUUCAGACACGGAGAAACGCAUACAAGAAAGGCGUAAUCGCCGAGUCAAGUUUGCCACGCCUUGA